GUUUAAUUCCAACAUUUUUCCCUGGAAAUCCUAAACAGUAUCAGAGAGGGCCAUUGCAGAUCUCAAAACCCUGACCAACCGUAUCCUCAUCUUGAUUAUUAACUCCAUCCAAAUCCAAUUGAAAAUUCGAUUUCAAGAUCCUCAUCAUAUACCUAAAGAUGUUCACUUUACAACCAGGAGAUGAGCUGGUGUUUGGAACCCCUUCAAUUUCCGAACAUGAUCAUAAAUUAUUCCCGGAUAAUCUUAUCACGGGUCAUGCUUGUAUCGAAACUAAUAUUAUUAAUUUCAGCAGCAGCAGCAGCAACAACAACAACGAGCAACGGGACCUACCGCGAUUUAGGCCUCGUCAAGGACAAAGCAGGAGCAGGGAUGAAUACAAUAUCAGGAGGAUUUUGCAUAGAAAUAUUGAGCGCAGAAGGAGGCAAGAAAUGUCGAAUCUUUACACUUCUCUUCGAUCCCUUCUACCUCUGGACCAUGUCAAGGGGAGACGCUCGGUCUGCGAUCACAUGCAGGAAGCUGUGAAUUACAUUCAGCACAUGCAGAAGAAUGUUCAAGAAUUGAGAAGUCACAGAGACAAGUUGAAGAAAUUGCCGAAUUUAUCAAGCACAAAAGCUGCAGCAGUUUCAAAUGGUGGUGAUAAUUUGCCUAACUGUAGUGUUACGGUGGAGGUGAUCCGCGAUGGGGUGGAGAUCCUAAUCAGCAGUAGCAUGAAAAAUUCUGAGUUCAGGCUCUCACGAGUUCUUGCAGAAUUGUUGGAAAGACAGCUUAAUGUGGUAACCUGUGUUUCCACCAACGCAAAGGAAGGGUUUCUCCAUAAAAUCCAGGCAGAGGCCAGCGAUAUGACAAAACUUGAUCCAUUGCUGCUGCAAGAAAGACUGACAAAAGCCAUUAUAAGUUAAUCUAGGAAAAGGCUUGAACUUGCUGGCUGACGCGCGCGAGGGAUGGUUCUAAUAACUCUUGGAGCUAUAAUGAUCCAGAAAACUCAGACAGGGAAAGAAGAACUAAUUGUGUACUUCCAGAACGACAUAUUAAUUACUUCCGAGCUAACAGCCAGUUGGCCAGAAUGAUUCGCUCUAGACAAUCUGUUCCCGACCUUCCGAUUUAGGUGAUAUGGUCUUAGAUAGGUGGAUUUUUUCUCGCAAGAUAUUGUUAAUGUUGUUUUCGUACGUCUAAAAGGAGUAAGUACUCAUUAUUUACGGUUUUUUAAUUAUACUGGAGGGCUUUUCAAUAUUAAUAAAUGGACAGGAAUCUAUGCCAAACCCUAUGUAGGCAUAGACAACUUUUAUC